GUGACUCCUCUUCCUCACAGAGGAUCUUUGUGACUCCUCUUCCGCAGCAGAAUGGCAGGCAGCGCGUGGAGGUCAAUGCUGACCCAGGUGGUGGUGGGGGCCCUCAGGAGACCCGCUCUGUCUUCAGCUGCCUUUUCCAGAGGGAUGCAGACCGUCACUCUGAUUCCUGGAGACGGGAUCGGGCCGGAGAUCUCCACGGCGGUCAUGAAGAUCUUUGAAGCGGCCAAAGCUCCAAUCAGGUGGGAGGAGAGGAACGUGACGGCCAUCAAGGGACCCGGCGGCAGAUGGAUGAUCCCUCCGGACGCCAAAGAGUCCAUGGACCAGAACAAGAUCGGACUGAAAGGACCCCUGAAGACGCCCAUCGCCGCAGGUCACCCCUCCAUGAACCUGCUCCUGAGGAAGACCUUCGACCUUUACGCCAACGUGCGACCCUGCAUCUCCAUCGAGGGCUACAAGACCCCGUACACCGACGUCAACCUGGUGACCAUCCGAGAGAACACGGAGGGCGAGUACAGCGGCAUCGAACACGUGAUCGUGGACGGCGUUGUUCAGAGCAUCAAACUGAUCACAGAGGACGCCAGCAGACGCAUCGCAGAGUACGCCUUCGAGUACGCCAGGAACAACCAAAGAACCAGCGUGACGGCCGUCCACAAGGCCAACAUCAUGCGGAUGUCAGACGGGCUGUUCCUCAGAAAGUGUCGCGAGGUGGCCGAGAACUUCAAAGACAUCAAGUUCACAGAGAUGUACCUGGACACCGUUUGUCUCAACAUGGUUCAGGAUCCGACCCAGUUCGACGUGCUGGUCAUGCCCAACCUGUACGGAGACAUCCUCAGCGAUCUGUGCGCCGGUCUGAUCGGAGGCCUCGGAGUCACUCCCAGCGGGAACAUCGGCGCCAACGGAGUCGCCAUCUUUGAAUCGGUCCACGGCACCGCCCCCGACAUCGCCGGCCUGGACAUGGCGAACCCCACCGCCCUGCUGCUCAGCGCUGUCAUGAUGCUGCGCCACAUGGGUCUCCAUGACUACGGCAACAAGAUCCAGACGGCCUGUUUCGACACCAUCAGAGACAAGAAGGUGCUGACGAAGGACCUGGGAGGAAACUCCAAGUGUUCGGAGUUUACAGCUGACAUCUGCCGUCGCAUCCAGGAUAUGGACUGAAACUGAGGGAGCUGCUCCGCCACCGGCGCCGCCACAGAGCCACGCCCACCCCCCCCCCCCCCUCCACUGCAGACCGGUUGGAGCUGCAGGGACACGGUCUCCUGAGAUCCUCUGAGUUUUCUUUCUACUGUAUUUACAUGAUGGAAAAGUUGUUGCUGUAAUGAGAUGAUGACAGGUGUGGAGGGGGCGGGGCUUCUGCUGCGGCUGCUACCUGGGUGGUGAACACGACGAAACAUUCACAGUAAACAUGCGCACAAGUUUUAUAUGACCAAGAUAGAAUGCAGAUGUCUUCAUCAGAAUAAUCUGUUGUAACUGAAAUGCCUUCUUAUUUAUUGUUUCCUGUUACCGUCUUCAGAAAUCUGUGACGAGAACGCUGCUUCACUGACGGGCAGCUGCUCUGUCUUCUUACUGAACGCUUUAGCACAUUCAGUCAUUAAAAAAGGGCUUUCAAAGGAC